AUGUUAAGAAGAGAUACAGCUAGCAUACAUAAUAAUCAUACAAGAACAAAACAUACGAUAUUUAGAAGUAAAAGAGUAAUUCCACAAUAUAGUGAUACUUUAUGUGGUGAUGUAGCUCCUGACGCUCAAGAAUACAGGUUUGGUGAUUUCUCUGUGUUAAAUCAUACAAAUCAUCCCGGUGUUGUAUAUUAUUUCAUUGAAUUGACGGAUCCUAAUGGGAAUCCAAUAUCUAGUAGAAGUGGGAAUAAUAAUAACGAUAAUAAUAACAAUACGCAUCGCAUAUGA